AUGCCUGAAGCAGACGGUCAGCAGCAUACUCAACACAAGGAAUCCUUAGUCGAGAGGAUCUUCGAGCACCAUCACAACCACGAACAGGAAGAAAAUUCCCACAAUGAAAAGAAGAACGAAGUGUCUAAGAACACAGAUAAACCGAAAUCCUAUGAAGACUACCUGAAGAAGGAUGACGAAGCCCUCAAAAAGUAUUAUAAAGAGGACAGGGAGUUGUAA